GUUUUUGCACCUCAGACUGCCCUCCCUAGUUCCUUUUCUUUUUCUUUCUCGUCGAAAAACGCCAACAUGGGUUUCGCUACUCUCUGGUACUCGCACCCCCGCAAAUACGGCCAAGGCUCCCGAUGCUGCCGUGCCUGCUCUAACCGCCACGGUCUGAUCCGCAAGUACGGCCUGAACAUCUGCCGCCAGUGCUUCAGGGAGUACGCCAACGACAUUGGCUUCAAGAAGCUGGACUAAAUGUCCUCUUCUCAAUUUGGCACGCGUUAAUCGCGUCUCAAAAUAACAAUCGGCAUAGUAAUAUAAGCAGUCGCCGGACUCUGGGGGACUGCGUACAUUAAUAUGCCGGCAGCAACAACAAGCAGCAGCAGCAACAACAUAAUCAUUUGGGGAUUUAAGCAAGGACAAAGCACACAAGGAAACGACUCCAAAGUAAUCUCUAAGCAAGUAACCAGAAUGGCCACCACCACAGAAUUCCAACAGUUGCCACCUUCCGCGAAGGAUCUUUGUUAAAACACUAGUUUGUUUAAAUCUCCGUCUGAUUAAACCCAUAACAAGAAACGUA